AUGCAACAGAGUGUUCAGAACCAGGUUCACAAGUUGCGAAGCGCGGGGUAUCCUAAUUCAGUGAUUGCCUCCGCUGCCCAGAAGGCUCUCAGGUUAGCCAAGUUGGAAGGCAAAGUGGUAACAGAGGCCUGGCCGGUGGAUCAAGGCUUGUGGAGUGUCGAGGCCGAGGCGUCCGACGACUCGACGUCGGACGUUCGGAGGCUCCCAUUGCCUCCGUGGUCGAGGGUGUCGGGCGUGUGGCGGUGCAACCGGUGCAUGUACACGGCGCCCGACAUCUAUCGGAUCAAGCGGCACCAGGUGACGCACACCGGCGAGCGCCGUUACUACUGCCCCAUCUGCCAGGCGCGUUUCACCGCCAAGCAGAGCGUCAAGACCCACAUGCCUGAUGAACCCAGUAGUGAGGCCGCGGCAGCUGCAGCCGUAAAGCGCGAACCGCCAUCGCCGCCGACGAGUCCAAUGCCGUCGCAGAUGCUGCAGUACCAAUGCGGGCUCUGCCCUUAUGCAACAAGCAAAGCAUGGCAGUUCAAAUGUCAUCAGGCAGCAGUCCAUGUAGGCGAGAAACCGUUCGCCUGCAACUUAUGCCCGAUGACCUUUGACCAGAAGGAGGACAUGCUCAAGCACGUGGAGGAACACAGAAUGCAGCACUACCAGUGCAAGCUCUGCCUAAAACGCUUCAACAAGCUGCAAGGCCUCAAGUUGCACGAGCGGUGCCACACAUUUUUCAAGCAGGCUCCGUGA